AUGCGCGCGUGUCGCCUCCCUAAACUCGGUGGUCGCGCGUCUUCAGCGCCGUUCACGUCCCCGUCCGUCGCGCGCCGCGCCCCAAAGUUCGUCGUCACUCGCGCCGUCUCGGAGAAGGUCCCCGCCGCGGAAUCCACAUCCAUGGAAGAUUAUAUACGGUAUACGGACGCGAUUCGCACGGUGCGGCUGUUCGUCCAGAGGCAGAACGAGCUCGACGCGGACGGGUGCGCGACGAUGCUGGUGGACGACGCGGAGGCGUACGGCGCGGUCGGGAGGGAGAACGUCCGGAACGCGCUGCGCGAUUGGUUCGAGCAGCAUCCGGGGUUGCGUUACGAGUGCCACGACUUCGAAGUGACGGUGCAUCCGGCCUCGGCAGACGACGACGACGACGACGACGGCGAGAUUGUUUCGGUGCGGUUUAGAUUUGAGCGGCGGUGCGACGACCGCGAACGGUGGGGCGGGGGACGGGAGACGGUGUGGCUCGACCGGUCCUGCCGGCGCGUGAGACGGGUGGAGGUGGAGGCGCGUCCGAAAUCCGACGAAGAGGGGCGGCGGGUGCCGCCGGGCUGA